AUGUCUCGCGUUCAUGUUUCUGUCAUCAACACCGUGGACACCUCGCACGAGGACAUGAUCCACGACGCCCAGAUGGACUACUACGGCACGCGUCUGGCCACCUGCUCUUCUGACCGCACCCUCAAGAUCUUCGACGUUCGCAACGGCGGCCAGAUCCUAGUGGCCGACCUGCGAGGGCACGAGGGUCCUGUGUGGCAGGUGGCGUGGGCGCACCCCAUGUUUGGCAACAUUCUGGCGUCCUGCUCCUACGACCGCAAAGUCAUCGUGUGGAAGGAGGACAACGGCACCUGGGACAAGAUGUACGAAUACACUGGGCACGAGUCAUCAGUAAACUCUGUGUGUUGGGGUCCGUACGAGUUCGGCCUGAUUCUGGCAUGUGGCAGCUCGGACGGAGCCAUCUCGCUGCUCACCUUCACAGGAGAGCAGCAGUGGGACAUUAAGAAAAUCAAUAACGCACAUACGAUCGGCUGCAACGCGGUGAGCUGGGCCCCCACGGUGGUCCCAGGUAGCCUGAUCGAGCAGCCCUCGGGCCAGAAGCCGAACUACGUCAAACGCUUUGUAUCCGGAGGCUGCGACAACCUCGUCAAACUCUGGAAGGAAGAGGACGGCCAAUGGAAAGAGGACCAGAAGCUGGAGGCGCACAGCGAUUGGGUGCGAGACGUAGGCUGGGCGCCUUCCAUCGGGCUCCCCACCAGCACCAUCGCUAGCUGCUCGCAGGACGGCCGUGUCUACAUCUGGACGUGUGACGACCCGGCGGGCAACGCCUGGACGGCCAAACUGCUGCACAAGUUCAACGACGUGGUCUGGCACGUCAGCUGGUCCAUCACCGGCAACAUCCUGGCAGUCUCCGGAGGCGACAAUAAGGUGACAUUGUGGAAGGAGUCGAUGGAUGGCCAUUGGGCGUGUAUCAGCGAUGUCAGCAAAGGGCAGGGAGCCGUGUCAGCCAUUACAGACACGCAACAGGCCGAGCAGUGA